AUGAGAUCAUCAGCAUUAAUAUCAGCCUGCGGGCUACUUAGCCCCGUUGCCGCCAUCAUAGUCGCAAAUGGAUCGCCCUGCGGAACUUUGUGCGGCAACGUUCUUGAUGCCACUACAUCUGAUGACAUCGUCUGCCAUGAGGACGACUACAAAACUGGCACAGGAAUUGUAUAUCAACAAUGUGUCGCAUGCGAACUAGGCAGCGACUACCACACGAAGGACAACGAGACCGAUCAACAAUGGCUACUUUAUAAUGUUCGCUAUGCAACAUCGUAUUGCUUAUUCGGUGUGCCUGAUAACGAGAAGGUUAUCAACACUCCUUGUUUAACCUCAAAAGCUUGUGGACCAUUCCGACAGGCCGUCGAAUACAAAAAUCUGUCUUCAAAAGUUGAGAGUUAUGAGUAUUGUGACCAGUGGCCGGUCCACGACACACCCGACUUUGAAGGAUGCACAGAGUGUCUACGCGCUGGCGAUAACUAUUAUUUGGCCAACUUCUUUACCCUUCUUCAAGCCGGAUGUGAACAAAAGCCAAAACCUGGCAUGGAAAUCUCUAUCGAUGGGAAUGUCUUCUCACAAGAGGUCGUGAACAUUACAGAACCUACACCCGUUGCUUCCUUGAAUCCAGACUGGCUUGACCAGGGACCCAUUAGUCUAGGUGCCAAGGUUGGCAUCGCUGCCGGAGGCGUGGUCUUAAUCUUGUUCAUCCUUGGUUUCUGUAUCAUCUGGCGAGGCAAGAGAAGAAGGAGAGCAUUCCUACGACAAAUCGAAAACCGACCCAAACCGCAACCCCGACCUCGUACCAAGAGUGGAUGGCCAGCUCAGUUGCAGAUCAACAACGACAUGCGCGAGACACCGUUGAGCCAAAGGCCGCUGAGAAGCUGGGAUGAAUCACCAAUCAGUGCCCGAUCCGAGAAGACUUUCCCAAGAUAUAUAUCUCCUUAUGGUUCUCAGUUCAACAGCCCCGUCAGCGCCACAGAACUUCAGCUCGCUCAAUGGCCAGUUAUGCACCCCAACCAACCGACAUACCCUCCGAUGCCUGUCAGCACGGCAUCAAGUACACACUUCGAGAUGUUUCCCAACAUGUAUAAACCCGACCCUAGUCCAGUAAACUCUCAAAUAGGAGUAGCUCUGGGCGGAGAUGACUCGUCAAUCAACACGCCUCAAUCAAAGGGCAAAGAUCGCGACGAGUCGUAUGAGAUGUAUCCUGUGGAUGACCGAACGCAUACUGGUAUCGGUAUUUAUCAGCCCGAACAAUAUGCACAGCAUGACUAUUUCAACAGAGAAAGCCCGUACCAUGGCCAAGUUUACCAAGGUCAGGUCUAUCAAGGCCAAGAGCAUGAGUAUGAGGACAUAUAUGGCGAUGACCUAAGGGACAGGAGACAAUGA